AUCUGCAAACGGUCACACUGGUUACUUGCAUUUUAGCAAAAAACGAAGCUGCAAGAAUAGAAAAUUGGCAAUAAAGUGCAGCAGCAGCCGAAGCAAUGGACCAGGCCGAAGUGGGCAGUGCGUGCCUUGCAGCGCCAAAGCGCCGCUAUCCGUCCACCGAGCGUUGUGGUCGAGAGCCGGCCGCCGCGCCCCCACAACCACUGGCGCCCCAGAUCCCGGCCGAGGAGGAGCCGCAGGUGAAGCAGCGCAAGACGGGCGGGGAGCCGGAGGAGCCCCAGAUGCCCGAGGAGUGCGUCCAGGAGUCGGGGCCCAACCUGCUCGACUUCUGCGAUGAGGUGCUCAUCGAGAUCUUUCAGUACCUGGACACCUUCUCCAUCAUGGCAAUGAUGCAUUGCUCGCCUCGUUUGGAGAAUCUCCUUUUGGACCAUCGCUUCUAUCAUUGCAUAGAUCUCAGCAACGGACCGCUGCCCAUGGGCAUUCUCGAAGAGAUCCUCGGGCGAGCCACCGAAAAAACGCACACAAUUAAAAUCUGCGGACCGCCAUCCUCUCAGCAUGUAGCUGGCGAGGGCCGCCAAUUCACGCAGACCCUGAGCUCCGUCUUUCCCAAGGUUGCCACCCAACUUAGAGUGCUCGAAUUGCAGGGCGUCAGUCUGGACUUCGAAUACAUACACAUUUCUGAGUUCCCCUCUUCACUGAAGCGCCUCAAGCUGAUUGAUUGCAGCGUCAAGGUGGGCAACAUGGCCAAGAGCAUAUUCCACUCCAUUGAGGUGCAUCUAGUGGAGCUAGAGGAUCUCAGCAUAGAGGACAACACCUGGUUUGAGCCCUACUACAUAAUGGGCCUUUCGAAGCUGCCUUCCCUGCGUCGUCUUAGUCUUAAGGGCUGCCAAAUGCUCUGCAAGUUUGUGCCCUAUGGCAGCAUGGCCGCCCGCUUUGGUUUCCAAAAACUAGAGUCACUAGACCUGCGCUUGACGCCCAUCAACAACCCAGAUCUGCAGUGUUUCAGCGCCAUCGAAAACCUCAAGGAACUGCUGCUGGAGUCGCCGCCAAACCUGCCCGCCGAACAAACCUCCGCAGAAAAAACCAACAACGGCAACGCCACUAACGAGGCUGUCUCGUCAAAGCCAGAAGCGGUAAAAGUUCUUAACGACGACGAGCCGUCUACAUCACGUGCCGCCAUGGAGCACCUGCGGGCCUGCAUGCAGGGCAAAGGACAAGAGGGCACCGAUAUGUUCAACUCGGACAACUGCAACGAGAGAAAGGAGGAGGAGCAGUCAUCGGCGCAGGCAGAGUCAACUUCGAAUAACCAAGACCUCCAGGGGAAAAGAAUCAGAGCCCCAUCAGAAUCCGAGGACGAGGACACAUCCUCCACGUCCGGCACCUCGGCUUCCUCGUCGGACAAAUCUGAGGUUGCGUCGCCGCCCAGAAAUGGCCAAAAUGGCGGUCCAUCUGUGCGCUCACCUAUGUUGGUAAUUACGUUGCCAAGCGUGGUUGCUGAUGUUCCACCUCGUCCACAAGCGGCGGAUGCGGACAGUACCGAGGCUCCCGGGCAGGAACCCCGACCGGAACCCAGACCCACGCCUCGCGCUUACAUAUAUGUGCCCGAGGCUAACGAGAAUCGCGAGCGCCAACACCGUAAUAUGAUGGCCAUAAUUGAGCAGUCGGCGGAACAAUUCCGCCAUCUGCGCGGGAACAAUCCCGCCUUUAGUCGUUUCCUACCGCGACACGAUCAGGUCAUCUACAUGAACCCCACAAUGAAUGUGCUGUGUGCCACACGUCGCCAUCGUUCCCAUCCGCGUCCCAACUACGAUCAGGUUGUGCAGCAUCCAAUGUUUUGGAACAUGCUGGACCCACUGGACCGCGAUCACAAUCGACGUAUGCGCCACCGUCCGACGAUUACGUCGCCCUCCUCACCUCAAUACUAUGUUAGUGAUCGGGCCAUGUACAGCUUUGGUCGAGCGCCGCGUCCAGUGCAGCCGGACGUAGUGUGGAUUCGUAAUGUCAACCGUUCGCCGGACAACAGACUGGAGCGUCUGUCGUUGCGCAACUACCAUCUCAUCACAAAUAACACUCUGGAGCAUCUGGUGCAGUGCUCCCCCAAUCUGGUCUACAUCGAUGUGAGCGGCACCAGCAUAACGCUUGCGGGAAUGCGGCGCUUCAAGAGCAGCAAGCCGGAGUGCGAAGUGGUGGCCAACCACUUGGAUGCGUUAGCGGACGUUUCCCAGGAAGAGGAGGAGGAUGAUGUGUCGGUGGCUGUGCCCAGCGUAGAGAAUCCGCAGAAUGACCAGCAGCCACCACCACCACCGCCUCCACCAUCCGCAUCUCAGGAACUGGCUGCCCCAUAAAGGAUUCUCUUCCUUUAACUAUAUUGUUUGUAUCAUGUUGUACUGUAUACAUUUUUUUAGUCGAAGAAGGCCGUGCUGGAUUAUAAUUUUUUAGCAAGAAGAGACGACGACAUGGCCAAGCCGAUGAACCCACAACGCUGGCUACAAGCGAGUGCUGUAGCUCAGCCCACUAGUAUUACGUUCCAAACAGAUCCAGCCCUUGUACUAUACGCCAGGCUCAAUGCAUUGUAUAAAACCAAGAAUCCCCAAACCACAAAGAAAUUCCUCCAGUUAGGCAUUAAAGAACGAGCGAUCAUUUUGGUAUAUUAUA